GCUGGAGGUGGAGAAAGGGGCCAUUUUGUUGGUUUUUGUUCCUUGUAUGAAGCGGUUCACUGUUUUAUUGGACUUUAUGUAGUUAUUAUUAUUAUUUUUUAUAUAUAUAUAUAUAUAACGAGCGGGACAUUUGUGUAUAGGGAAGGGUUUUCGUUGACAGAAAAACGGGCUGUCAUGGAUUAUUAUCCCCAAACACACUGUAGUUAGUUUCAUGCUUCGCUCAAGUACGAAUACUUUUACUUCAGGGACAAAACUAGUUCAUUACCCGAGUUGCUUUCAAGUAACUGAUGUUGCUGGUGGAAUACACAACAAACAGUUCUGGAGACAUUGAUUUAAUUCAUAAGAAAAAAUAUCUGGUUACUGGUAGACUGGUAAGGACCGUUGUGUUUACUCACAAUAGCAAUAAGCCAUCAGCAGCUACUGGUUAGUCAACAGAAAAUCAUUAAAUACCCCUAACCAUAUCAAGAGGAAUCUGAGGAAGGACAGUACCCACCUGCCGUGUAUGUCAUAUAACAAGCCGUGCCGCCAGCAAUGAUGUCAGAAGAGACUGGGCAGAAAAACAACAAUAAAGCUAACUUCACUGCUUUAGCAGAGUACACGAACGGGCUUACAAAACCAUCUGCACUAGUCACCAAACCUGGGGCAUCUAAGAAAUUAGUUAUAAAAAAUUUUAAAGAUAGACCAAAGCUCUCGGAUAAUUACACUCAGGAUACAUGGAAAAAACUCCAGGAAGCAGUGGGAGCCAUACAGAAUAGCACCUCGAUUAAAUACAACCUGGAAGAGCUGUAUCAGGCAGUGGAAAACCUUUGUUCCUAUAAGGUAUCUGCUACACUGUACAAACAGCUAAGACAAGUCUGUGAAGAUCAUGUCAAAGCACAGAUACAUCAGUUCAGAGAAGAUUCAUUGGACAAUGUUUUAUUUCUUAAAAAGAUGAAUAAAUGUUGGCAGGAUCACUGUAGACAAAUGAUAAUGAUAAGAAGCAUUUUCUUAUUUUUGGAUCGAGUGUACGUCCUGCAGAAUUCAAUGCUGCCCUCUAUUUGGGACACGGGUCUGGAGUUGUUCAGAAGCCAUAUAGUCAGUGAUAAGAUGGUCCAGAGUAAAACAGUUGACGCCAUUCUUCAGUUGAUUGAGAGAGAACGGAACGGGGAGGCUGUAGACAGAAGCUUGUUACGCAGCUUGCUAAAUAUGCUUUCAGACCUGCAGGUGUAUAAGGAUUCUUUUGAACAGAAGUUUUUGAAAGAGACUCAUCGUUUAUAUGCAGCUGAGGGUCAAAGCCUGAUGCAAGAGAGAGAGGUACCAGAAUAUCUUCACCAUGUCAACAAACGACUGGAGGAGGAGACAGAUAGAGUAAUAACAUACUUGGAUCAGAGCACACAGAAACAGCUAAUACUCACUGUGGAGAAGCAGUUACUCGGAGAACACCUGACAGCCAUCCUUCAGAAAGGGCUUCAUCACCUGUUGGAUGGAAACAGGAUAACUGAGCUCACCCUCCUGUACCAGCUCUUCAGCAGGGUCAAAGGUGGACUGCAGGUGCUUUUGCAACACUGGAGCGAAUACAUUAAGACCUUUGGAAGUGCACUAGUGAUGAUGCCUGAGAAAGAUAAAGACAUGGUUCAGGAGCUGUUAGACUUCAAGGAUAAAACAGACCAGAUCACUGAGGCCUGCUUCCAGAAAAAUGAAAAGUUUAUCAAUUCUAUGAAGGAAUCCUUUGAGACGUAUAUAAACAAGAGGCCCAACAAGCCUGCAGAACUAAUAGCAAAGUAUGUUGAUUCAAAAUUACGUGCUGGAAAUAAAGAAGCAACAGAUGAAGAGCUGGAGAGAAUACUGGAUAAGAUAAUGAUCAUCUUCAGGUUUAUCCAUGGUAAAGAUGUGUUUGAGGCAUUUUACAAGAAAGAUCUUGCCAAGAGGUUGCUGGUUGGGAAGAGUGCUUCAGUAGAUGCUGAGAAAUCAAUGCUGUCCAAACUGAAACAUGAAUGCGGAGCAGCAUUUACCAGCAAACUAGAGGGGAUGUUUAAAGACAUGGAGCUAUCGAAAGACGUCAUGAUUCAAUUCAAACAGUUCGUGCAGAAUCAAAGUGACCCAGGCAACAUAGAACUGACAGUUAAUAUCCUCACGAUGGGAUACUGGCCUACAUAUAUACCCAUGGAGGUGCACCUUCCUCCUGAGAUGGUGAAACUUCAAGAAGUAUUCAAGAUGUUUUACCUUGGCAAGCACAGUGGCAGAAAGCUGCAGUGGCAACCCACACUUGGACAUGCUGUUCUCAAAUCAGAGUUUAAAGAGGGUAAGAAGGAGCUUCAAGUGUCCCUCUUCCAGACCCUUGUCCUUCUCAUGUUCAACGAAGGAGAGGAGUUCACCUUCGAUGAGAUUAAAACAGCUACUGGAAUAGAGGACGGUGAGCUGAGAAGAACUCUACAAUCUCUUGCCUGUGGAAAAGCUCGAGUUCUUAUUAAAAACCCCAAAGGAAAAGAUGUAGAAGAUGGUGAUAAAUUCUUAUUUCACGCCGACUUCAGGCACAAGUUAUUCAGGAUAAAGAUAAACCAGAUACAGAUGAAAGAAACGAUCGAGGAGCAAGUGAGCACCACGGAGAGGGUGUUUCAAGACAGACAAUACCAGAUAGAUGCUGCCAUUGUCCGCAUCAUGAAGAUGAGGAAGACUCUGAGCCACAACCUUCUUGUGUCUGAGCUCUACAAUCAACUCAAAUUCCCAGUCAAGCCUGGAGACUUGAAGAAGAGAAUUGAAUCCCUCAUUGACAGAGACUACAUGGAGAGAGAUAAGGACAACCCCAACCAGUACCAUUAUGUAGCAUAAAUCUCCCUCCGGUGGCACUUCUCACCUCACCUGCAGAGCAUUGGCAAAACAAAAAGGACUGCGCUCCUUCCAGCUUUGCUGCCAGCACAUGUCAAAGCUCAGGGAUAACCCAAGCAGUGGCAUGCGCUGCGGGGAAGACAACACAUUGUUUUGAGUUUUUAUAUCAUUUCUUUUUCUGAAAUACUUUUUUCAGUUUUGCUUUUAGUUUAUGUUUUUGAGAAGCCCCCCAUCUGGCUUCCCCUGUUGUCAACAUAGUCAAACAGACGCAGGGGAAGGCAGAAAAUAAUGCUUGUGUUUGCGUAUAGAAUCCUUACCCUUCACGCCAUUCAAGGUCCUGGCACAAUUACUGGGUUUUUUUCUUAACAAAUAAUCUAGGCACCAAAUUCGAGGCUCUGAUGUUGUUUUUGUAGAGCUCGCCAUAUUUAAACUUAAUUGGUUCUGUGCAUAAACUGAGAAUAAUCUUUAUUCUUAGCUAUUGAGCUCCUGCUUUGUGAAGAAAGGAGUCUGAUAUAAAAUUAAAAAAAAACAUCUAAAAUAGUAAAACUGUUAGAGCCUUACAAAGUGCCAAGCAGAGCAGGCUUCAACUUCUGCAGAUUUUGUUCUGUUUUGUUAUCUAGCACAGUCGGAAGUGUGUCUACUCCGAGAACAGUAUCGCGCUGGUUUAGCCAGAGUGUUUCUGGUUUAUGCUGAUUAACAUCUCUUUUCAUUUUACUCACCGGAGUAGAUUGUGUUGAUGCAUUGCAGUUUGCCUCUGGGGGGAUACAAGGUAAUGUACAUGAAGAAAUGUAAAGUGCAAUUUACUGUUUCAAUUGUAAUUGCCAGGAUUUGGGCUUUCUAAAGGAAACUGUUAAUGUUAAUGAAACAGGGAAGGUCUGUUUUGUGGAAAUGACACCUUGGUUCACAUUGUAAAUAUGUUGUUUGGUAUGUGAAAGAGAAAAGAAAAAAAAGAUUUAAGAAUUGUAUGGGUUAUGUAACUGCGAUGUUGAGUGAGUUGUACACUUGUAGAUGGAUUGUGUUAAUAAAACUGCUGUAUUUGCUAAGUACUGUAAAA